CCCCCCCCCCCCCCCCCCGGCGCACCUGGGCCUCGAUCGUCGACCUUUGCAAAUGGACGCUCCUGCAGCCGAGGGUAGCAGCAAGCGCGUCGUCCUCGUCCACGGCGCGUGUCUCGGUGGCUGGUCCUGGUUCAAAGUGGCCACGCCGCUCCGCGCCGCGGGGUACCGCGUGGACACACCCGACCUGGCCGCGUCGGGCGUCGACCCCAGGCCGCUGCGCGAGGUGCCCACGUUCCGCGACUACACCGCGCCGCUGCUGGACCUGCUCGCGUCGCUCCCGCCCGGAGAGCGGGUGGUGCUCGUCGGCCACAGCCUCGGCGGCGUGAACGUGGCCCUGGCCGCCGAGCUAUUCCCGGACAAGGUGGCCGCCGCCGUGUUCCUCUGCGCCUUCAUGCCCGACUGCGCGUCCCGGCCGUCGCACGUGCUCGAGAAAUUCGUGGAGGAGAAUUGGCUGGACUGGAUGGACACGGAGAUGAAGCCCCAGGACGCAGAGGGCAGGCUCCCCACCUCCAUGACGUUUGGGCCGCGGAUCACACGAGAGAAGUUCUUCCAGCUGUGCUCACCAGAGGACCUCACCCUUGGGAGAUCUCUGAUGAGGGUCAGUUCAAUGUUCGUGGAGGACCUGCUAGUCCAGCAACCAUAUACCAAGGAUCGGUACGGCUCGGUGCGUAAGGUGUACAUCGUCUGCACGGAGGACUACGCCAUCGUCGACAAGUUCCAGCUCUGGAUGGUGGAGAACAACCCGGUGGAUGAGGUGAAGGAGAUAGCCGCAGACCACAUGGUGAUGCUCUCGAGGCCCAACGAGCUGGUGCGGUGCCUCGUGGACAUUGUCGAGAAGUAUGCUUGAUGUUGAUCGCUGUUUUAUUACCAUCUUGUUGUUGGUUGGUGUUUUAUCGCAUAUAGUUUUUUUUUGGGGGUUUAUUUUGAGACUGUUGUUGCAUUGAUGCAUUUGAAUUGAGAUUGACGACAAUUUUUACA